AUAUACGUAACAAACCACGUGGUUGCUGGUCCAUCUGAGAUGCUAGCUAUCAAAACUUUAUAAGAGGCCAUAUUUCUGGUGUACAAUUGUCGCGCGAUCCCCGCUGUUCUGCAAGCUUGUCACAUACUUAUUCGCUCCUCAAACUUUAAGAAAUCAAAAAAUGACUCAACCUACGGAAGUCGGUGGUUACAGGCUCGGAAGCCUUAUUAUUGAGGGCAAAACAAAACAAGUGUACGAUCUGCCAGAUGUACCAGACCACUGCUUGCUACUUAACAAAGAUAGGAUCACAGCUGGAGAUGGAGUAAAGGCCCACGACUUGGAAGGGAAGGCAGCAAUUUCUAACCAAACCAAUGCUAAAGUUUUCGACAUAUUGAAAUCUGCCGGUCUCAAAACAGCAUACGUUAAAUUAGCGUCACCCACAGCAUUUGUAUCUAAAAAAUGCGAAAUGAUACCAAUAGAAUGGGUCACACGCAGACUGGCCACUGGUUCUUUUCUAAAAAGGAAUCCUGGAGUUCCAGAAGGCUAUCGUUUCACUCCACCUAAACAAGAAACGUUUUACAAGGACGAUGCAAACCAUGACCCACAAUGGUCUGAGGAGCAAAUCGUUGCAGCUAAGUUUAACAUCAACGGACUUGUCAUUGGACAAGACGAAGUUGAUUAUAUGAGAAAAGCUAGUAUUCUCGUUUUUGAAAUUUUGGAAAAGGCCUGGGCACUCCGCGAUUGCGCUCUCAUUGAUAUGAAAAUUGAAUUUGGAGUCGACUCUAGUGGAAACAUCUUAUUAGCCGACGUGAUCGAUUCGGACUCUUGGAGAUUAUGGCCAUCUGGUGACAAAAGACUGAUGGUAGACAAACAGGUUUACAGAAACUUAUCUACAGUAACAGCUGCUGAUUUGGAUACCGUAAAACGCAAUUUUUCUUGGGUGAAAGACCAGUUAGACUAUUUGAGGCCCAAUGUUCAACAUAAAGUUGUAGUGUUUAUGGGCUCGCCAGCAGAUCAGGAGCAUUGCCAGAAGAUUGCUAAAGCUGCCCGCGAGCUUGGCCUCAACGUUGAUCUGCGAAUUACAUCCGCACAUAAGGCUACAGAAGAAACUCUUCGAAUAAUGCAGCAGUACGAAGACACCCACGGUGCUUUGGUAUUCAUUGCUGUCGCUGGGCGGUCUAACGGCCUUGGACCUGUGCUCUCUGGGAAUACUUCAUACCCCGUUAUCAACUGUCCACCGCCAUCGGAUAAAAUAGUUCAGGAUAUCUGGUCAUCAUUAUCAGUGCCAUCAGGUCUCGGUUGUGCAACAGUUAUUUAUCCAGAUAGUGCAGCUCUUAUAGCCGCUCAAAUAAUUGGGCUCAAGGAUUAUCUUGUUUGGGCACGUCUUAGGGUAAAACAAUUAGAAAUGGCUACAGCAUUGAGGCAAGCUGACCAAAAAUUAAGAAACUUGACUGUUUAAAAUGAUGUUUGAGUAGUUUUGCAGUUGCCAAGUUUAUAAAUUAAGCCAUUCUGUUGAGUCAUAUCAAGAAAUAAAUUCUUCCUUGGAGAAAGAAUUAUUACAAAUGUUCUUUAAGUACUAUAUUUUUUUGUUAUAAAUAUUUUGUAAUGGAAGUCUGAAUAAUAUUAUUUUGUACAUCAAAAUAUAUAUUAUUAUUUUUAUA